CCUAUCGGUAAAUAACCAAUUGAUCAAGCGCAAAACUGGCAACAAACUCGAUCAAUUACCGGCCGAUAUGGUAGUACCACUACCAUUUAACAUCACGAUAGACACUUGUACUAUGUUCCCAUACGACCAUUUUGGUCGAACAAGUGCUAGGGGCAUAAAAGCCAGGGUAACUCCAGUUAAUUGUGGCGGCGCCUACACGGUUAGACUCGGCAAAGAGUUGACAAUUAAGGCCGUGACCACCGGUAGUCAAUUAGACGUCCGGUGCGUUUUGACAGUUACGGCUCAAAAUGACCCGGAUCAUAACCCGUUUGAUCAGCAUUUGGUGCUUACGUAUCCACCCUAUGCCACCCCAUGGGUUGUUUAUGACUCAAACACGCUCCGGGAUGAUCGCAAAAUCAAACAUGAUCACGUAUGGAAUUAUUGGUAUACCACAUCGACAAACACUAUAGUUGUUCUUCUAAACCACACCUAUGAUGGUAGUCUAUACGAGCCCACAUUGACCGUAAAGGCACAAGAUAUGUUGCUUUGCGCAAAAAUGUGUGACAAUGGGCAACGUUGUUUAUUGCCCAAUUUCCGGUGCAAUGGGGUCGACGAUUGCGGCGAUUGGUCCGAUGAAAGGAAUUGCAACCCUAUGCCAACGUGUCCGCCCGGAGUGACCAAUAGAGGUGGUGAGUGCAACGCCUGGAUCGGCUGGAUAGCGCUUGCUGGGAUAACCACCUUGCUAAUAUCCUGUGUAUUAGUUUGGUCUAUCGUACGAAUAACAGAUGAUUAUAAAUUUAAUCCGGACCAUCGUUAUCCCCAAGGAUCAAUUGCUAAAAGCAAUGAGCAUUUGGGCACAGAUUGCAAUCCGGAUAAACCUCGGCCCACACUCAAUGCCCCGAUCGGUAAACUCGCCAUUAAUAUCGCGCCUCACAAACUGGCCGGUCAUACAUGCGAGUGGCUUAUUAACGGCACCGACGCGUGGGUACCGGCCAUAAUACACAUGGACAUUCAAGCCAUGACUUUAAAUAGUAGAGAUUUGCUCAGGGUCACUACUCGCGAUGGUAAAUCUGUGCUCUACGAACACUACGGUCAUAUGGAGCCAGGUGUAAUUCUAUUGCCUACCGGGCAUAAAGUGGUGAGGGUAACCCUGACCCUGUCAUCUGACCCCUGGGACCGCAAAUGGGACGUUGACUACAAUACUAAAGACCUGACGGCACAACUACUAUUCAAGGUCAUGGCC